GGCUGCGGCAAUUAAUGAAGCCAAGCCAAGCCAAGCAGCGACGGGAGCCCCUAGGAGACACUCCCCAUCCCCGUCCCCUGUUCGAUUCCAGCCCCGGCAGUCGAUCCCCAUUCCAACCCAUUCCUCCACUCCUCGACCUCGAGCAGCAGCGACCAUGUCGUUCAAGGAGAGGCUGCACAAUCUGUGCCAGCAGCGGCGGUGGGGGAAGCCGGAGUACACCGACCAGCGCGAGGGCCCGCAGCACGUGCCCACGUUCCGCGCCACCGUGGCCGUCAACGGCGCCGAGUUCCGCUCGCCAGACGGGCCCGGGUCCGGCUCCCGCACGGUCAAGCAGGCGCUGGACCUCGCCGCCAAGGCCGCCUUCGAGAGCCUCUCCGCUCCACCCACGCCUCCCCUGGCCCCGAAACGCAACUUCCUUACAAGUCUCAUUUGCAAGAUUAUGCUCUGAAGAUACACAAAUGUUUGCCUUCAUAUCACACCAUUCUGAGUGGUCCACCUCAUGCACCUCUGUUCAAGUCAACAGUGACCAUAGCUGGGCGAACAUUUGACUGUCCGCAAGACUACGGCAGAAAAAAGGAGGCAGAAUCCGCUGCGGCAAGAGUUGCCUUCCUCUCAUUAACUCAAGAAGCAAAACCAUCAGAGCAAAUGCUGCUGAUAACUAUGUUGGCUCUGGUAUUCAUCUUCCUGUCGCUGAAACAAAAGCUCUUGACGAUCCUAUCCAAUCUGUUGAGGUGCAACAUGAUAAACCAGCUACUCCGGAACAAAGCAUUACGGCUGAAAUAAAGGACUUGGUGAAGAAGUUGCUCCCGUUGGUCUCGGCGCUACCAACCAAUACUUGCAGCAUUGCGGCAACAAGUACAGAGCCAAGCGCCGACGCGGC